AUGACAGUAAACUCGGAACUUCACAUUCAGAACUUGGAUCCAAUCCGACUUCCAAUUGAAAUCGUGAAUACCAUAGUCGACGCAACUUUAUUGAAAGCUGAUGAAAGUUCAAAUUCAAAACUGAUCUCAUCGAUCGCACUCCUUUCGCGUGAAUGUCGAAGAUCGGCCAACAGACUACGAUUUUCGUCUCUUAAUUUCGACACCGAAAGCUCCUCAUUUGUUUGGGAGACCAGGAGAAUACGAGAACUUUCCGCUCUUGUCAGACUCCCACCGCAUAACCAAGAAACGAAGUAUGCGCUUUCGCUUGACUUUAUGGACUAUGUAUCAGUCCCAUGGGGAUCCUUGGGAGAGAAUAUCCGGGAACAACUCGUUGAUCUGCUUAGACAUUCCUUUCUUUAUGAAAUACGGAUCUACAAUAUUUGUGAUAUCCCUGGAGACCUCUUUCACGGUUCAAAUAUCAAGAGUCUGGUAUUUGGAAACAUCCUUAUCGAUAAUCCCAACCAACCUUAUACAGCUGAAUCAACCGCACCUAUCCAGCUCCGAUUGCUCAAAUUUGACGCCAAAACUAUCAGCUACUACGAGCUCCUGCAAAUGAUCGGGAUCACUACGCUUACACCUAUUAUCAUAGGGCAAGCAUUUUCUCAACUCACGUCCCUCAGUAUCCAAAUCAAUCCUAUGUUAGUGUCACAACCCCCCGUGUGUAUACAAGAACUCCUUGCCCAUACGCCCAAGCUAGAAUAUCUCUGCAUUCAAACAGUACCAAUAAUGCUUGAGUUUAUUUUUAAGAUCUUCUUCAACCCGUGCUUACACUCCUACAGCAGAACUCUUGCUUUUUGA